UCGGAGAAUGUCUUUAUUUCGUACUGCCAUCUACUAGUAGGGUGUUUCUCCCCCGUUAUUUCUCCACAAAACCUUUCCUCUCAUAUCCCUGAGUCAUCAGCAUUAAGAUGCUGGGUUCCCCAAGUCAUUCCUCCGCCUCCUCCUCUCGAGGGCUCCCUCUCCCGACUGCUUAGCUCUUGCAGGGGUCCAGAUAAAAAUCGCGGACUGCAAAUGGCUCUCCGCCUGGCUCCGUGACUCACAGAAUUGUCCGCAGCCCCCUCGGCCCACAGACCACCUGAGAGAUCAGGACCAGACCUAGUCACGCUGGGCUCGCGCCAACCCACCCAGGUACCAGCGAGGCUGCCGGCCGGGCCGCGGAGGCGCGGAAGAGGAUGCGCGCCCCGCAGAGCUACCGGAGAGGUGAGACCGUGGGAGUCUGGAGGAGGCCACACCCAGAGGUGCGAGCGCGGGGGGCGUGGCCAGCGGCCGGGCGAAAACUAGGCAGGGGGCGUGGCCGAGCGCCAACCGAGGGGGUAGGAGGUGGAGCGGUUGCGAAGAGCCGCACCCUGAGGUGAGCGCGCAGGGGGCGUGGCCACACCUCUAGCUGGGAACGAGGCUGAGGGAGGGGCUCGAGGCCCGGGGACGGGGCCGUCCCCGCGGGAGAGUCUCCGGGCUUUCGGGACGCGUGGAGCGUCCCCACGGGCGGCGCGCGCAUCCGCUUAACGACGCGUGAGGCCACGUCGGGGUUAGGCCGGCGCCACCUGGGCGCGGCUGAGGCGAGCCGAGCGCCGGCGAAUCCCGCGCGGGCGCGGCGAACAGGUGCCCGCGCGCGUCAGGCGCCGGCCCCGGGGCGGGGAGAGGGGCGCGGCCGGAAGCGCGGGGCGGGCGCCUCGGCCCGGUGAGCUGCGGAGCCGGGAAGGCUAGAAGGAGGGCUCCGGGGCUGCGCGGCUAACGAUGUCGAGCCGCCGCCUCGGCCCCUGCCGCAGCAGCAGCAGCAGCAGCCGCCGCCGCCGCCGCUGCUGCCGCCAAGCCUGGGGACAUGGAGCGCGGCUGCAAGGAGCGGCCGACGGCAGCAGCAGCAGCAGCAGCAACAGCGAGCGUCGCAGCGACAGCGGAGCGCAACCCUCCCCGUAAGGCGCCGGCCGGCCGGCGGCGGCGGCGGCGGCGGCGGCAGCAGCAGCGGCGGCAGCAACAGGGCGGCUGAAACCCGGGCCGCGGCGGCGGCGGCGACCCUCAGCGCGGCCUCCCCUCCGGCUCCGCGCCCCCCUCGGCUCUCCCCUUCCUCGGCCGCUCUUGCCCACCCCCUCGAUCGCGUCCCGGGGGCGCGCGCCAGCAGCUGAGCCCGGGGGCGGGGGCGCGUGCCGCCGGCGCGGGGGAGGGGCGGGCCGCCCGCGCGCGCCGCGCCUCGCCGCGCCGCGCCCAGGGCUCGCGGGGACCCGGGGGGCGCGUGCCGCGGCGCGAGGCGAAGAGCGGGGCGGCGCGGCGGGGCCCCUCCCCCUCCCACCCCCCUGCAGCCUGGCGCGCGCCGGCCGGGCCGCACCGCUGCGGGCUCGGCGCGCGCGGGCCAUGUCCGCCUUCUGCCUGGGCUUGGCCGGCCGAGCUUCAGCACCCGCCGAGCCGGACAGCGCCUGCUGCAUGGAGCUGCCCGCUGGGGCCGGGGACGCAGUCCGGAGUCCCGCCGCCGCCGCCGCCCUUGUCUCUUUCCCCGGGGGUCCCGGGGAACUGGAACUGGCCUUAGAGGAGGAGCUGGCGUUGCUGGCGGCCGGGGAGCGGCCGUCCGACCUCGGGGAGCAUCCUCAGGCGGAGCCGGGGUCUCCGGCUGAGGGGCACGGACCGCCGCCGCCGCCUACCCAGGAUCCCGAGCUGCUGUCGGUGAUCAGGCAGAAGGAGAAGGAUCUGGUGUUGGCGGCCCGGCUAGGCAAGGCGCUGCUCGAGAGGAACCAGGACAUGAGCCGGCAGUACGAGCAGAUGCACAAGGAGCUGACGGACAAGCUGGAGCACUUAGAGCAAGAGAAGCAUGAGCUGAGAAGGCGGUUUGAGAACCGAGAAGGGGAGUGGGAAGGACGAGUGUCCGAGCUGGAGACGGACGUGAAGCAGCUACAGGACGAGCUGGAGAGGCAGCAGGUCCAUCUUCGGGAAGCGGAUCGAGAAAAAACUCGCGCUGUCCAGGAACUGUCAGAACAGAACCAAAGGCUACUGGAUCAACUGAGCAGGGCAUCUGAAGUUGAGAGACAGCUAUCCAUGCAGGUCCAUGCUCUCAAAGAAGACUUUCGGGAGAAAAAUUCAUCCACCAACCAGCAUAUCAUCCGGCUAGAGAGCCUUCAGGCCGAGAUCAAGAUGCUGUCGGACCGAAAACGGGAGCUGGAGCAUCGGCUCAGUGCCACCCUAGAGGAGAAUGACCUGCUUCAAGGGACUGUGGAGGAGCUACAGGACCGGGUGCUGAUCCUAGAAAGGCAGGGCCAUGACAAAGACCUGCAGCUGCACCAGAGCCAGCUGGAGCUCCAGGAGGUCCGUCUGUCCUACCGGCAGCUGCAGGUCAAAGUGGAGGAGCUGACGGAGGAGAGGAGCCUGCAGAGCUCGGCGGCCACCAGCACGUCCCUGCUGUCAGAGAUCGAGCAGAGCAUGGAGGCUGAGGAGCUGGAGCAGGAGAGAGAGCAGCUGAGGCUGCAGCUCUGGGAAGCCUACUGCCAGGUUCGCUAUCUGUGCUCACACCUUCGAGGGAAUGACAGCGCCGAUUCAGCCGUGUCCACAGACUCCUCCAUGGAUGAGUCCUCAGAGACCUCAUCCGCCAAGGACGUGCCUGCCGGCAGCCUGCGCACCGCCCUCAACGAUCUCAAGAGGCUGAUCCAGAGCAUCGUGGACGGCGUGGAGCCCACGGGCACCCGGAGAAUGGAUGACGAGUCCUUAGAAGAACAAGUGAGGCAGACCAGUGAGGACUCAAGAGCCCUGAGGGAGCUCAUGGAGGGAGAGAGGGGUAAACUGAGGCAGAGCCUAGAAGAACUGCAGCAACUCCACAGUCAGGUCACGCUGCUGAGUGUGGAGAUGACCGCCCUGAAGGAAGAAAGGGACAGACUCAGAGUGACAUCUGAGGACAAGGAGCCCAAGGAGCAGCUUCAGAAGGCCAUCAGGGACCGGGACGAGGCCAUUGCAAAGAAGAAGGCUGUGGAGCUGGAACUCGCCAAGUGCAAGAUGGACAUGAUGUCUCUCAACAGCCAGCUACUGGACGCCAUUCAGCAGAAACUGAACCUCUCCCAGCAGCUUGAGGCCUGGCAGGAUGACAUGCACAGGGUCAUUGACAGGCAGCUGAUGGACACGCACCUGAAGGAACAGAGCCGGCCUGCUGCUGCCUUCCCUAGGGGCCACGGCGUAGGGCGGGGGCAGGAACCCAGCACAGACGGCAAACGGCUCUUCUCCUUCUUCAGGAAAAUUUAAGUGGGGAGGAGUCUGGCCAUUGAGAUGGGGGGACUAGCAGCACCUGAAAAGGGUCCCCUUUAGCUGGAGCUGGGCAGCUACACUGCCCGCCCACCUGCCCUGGGGCCCAGUUAGCUCCAGAGAGCUCACUCCCUAUGUCAGCGUAAUGGAGGCUGAGAGGUAGGGCCUGCUCUGUCCUCUGAAGGCUGCCCACCCCCCACACACACAAGGGACAGGAAUGUAUCUUGUCCCCACUGCCCAAGCCAAGCCUCAGCCUGGGCUUGCCCAGGAUCCUGUUAGUGAGCAGGGCUCAGCCACUUCCCAUGCAGCCCACUGCUGGGCUCUGCCACCCAGGCCCAGCUGAGCACAGCCCACCCUAUAAAGGCUCUGCUGCCUCCUUGGUUUUGAACAUGGGGAACAGAUUGGGGCCUCCUGUGCAUGCCUCAGGAGGCCUAAGCCUCCGCUCCUGCUCCAGCCACUGGCCUGGAGUGUGGGGAGACACAGCCCUCACCCAAGUGCAUGCACCUCUGCUGGAGCCCCUGUACGGCAGGCGGCUCAGCCUACGGCUGUGAGGCCUAAGAACUGGGUGUACCCAAGCCCUGUUGAGGCCGUCCUGCACCCCAGGGAAGGUCCUGUCUUCUGGCUGCCACCACUCCUCAGCUUCCUCCAGUGCAGUCCUUAGCCCUAGGGAGGCCUGGGCCAGGCUGUGUCCCAUUGGCCCUGUAGGCUUUAGCCUUCCAGACUUUUCCCCCAUCACGGGAUAGGACUAGGAGGGCACUUGUCUUCCACAGCUCCCUCCCACCUCAAAUGCAACUUCUUGGCCAAGCCAAGCAAGUUCAGGCCACAAGAGUGGCCUUGGAGGGGCCUGGUUUUACCACCCUCACACUGAAGGCAGCGUGGGUGCCACAGGGUAGAUGGGGCAAGGCUGCUGGGAGCCUCCAGAUACUGCCCACCAGGUCUCUAAGGGACAAAGGCCUUCAGCCUGCUGCUUCUGCUCCUUCCGCAGCAGCCACCCCAUCUCAGCCGAGGCCCCAGCUCAAGGCUCUGUGGGGCCGGCCUGCACUGCUCUCCACUCACUGAGCCUCCUCCCUCGACAGGGACAAGCACAGCAGGGCUGAGCGACAGAAUGUACUUACAGACAUGUACAUACCACAGUGCUGUAAUUUUGUAUGUAGCAAUUGUGUAAAUACACGUAUGGAUUUUAUAAUACACACAUAAAUCUAUAAAGGCAUAUUUUUAGAAAAACAGCGCACCACUGCUUCUUUUGGAAAUAGUCUGAAUAAGAAUAAAAUGAGUUUCUACAGA